UAUUCCAGUUGGUUCAUCAUACUGCAAGUAUCUCAAAGAUGUCUAAUAACGGGACGCACCAAAUGCCAAAACAAGCGUAUAGGUGGCAGUAAUAGUCCAUGCCAAAGCGUUCGAAGCUAAAUUUGAGCGCUGUUACCGAAAAUGUCAACAAACGUAAGGGUCAGAGUGUCCGGUGAGGUUCUGCUCUCUGCAGUGUGCUGAGUGUUGGAGUGUGUUCGCGGUCCGGGUUCUUGCUCUGUGCUUCCUGUCGGAAUGUCGGAGUCCGGCCACAGUCAGCCCGGGAUGUUCGUUCCGGGCCGCAGGAGGAGGCGGCGUCGCGGCGACAGGGAUGUUGGACCCCCGGGACAGAAUUUAUCCGGUCCCAGUCGGGAUCGGGAAUACCUCCCAAGGGAGCGCAGGGAUGGGAGUGAGGAUCCCCCAGGCCCGGUUAUUCAGAAGACCCCCAUCAUUCUUGCAAAACCUCCUGGAGAAAGGGCCAAGCCAUCAUCUAAUGCACCUCCUCCUGGAGUCCCUGCCUUGGAUAAGCCCAUCAUGCUCAUGAAAGCUCGGGAUGAUGGAAGUAAACCAGGGGUCCCCGUGGAGGCUGGCGCUCAACCAUCUGGAUCUGUACUCUCCAAGGUGGAGAGGGAAGGGCAGCGGCCCACACAGCCAGUGUAUCAGAUCCAAAAUCGAGGAAUGGGUGCGUCUGCAUCAAGCAGUGCUCUGGACCCCAUGGUUGGCCAGUCUAAACUGCUCCCUCCAGAGAAGAUGAAGCAUGGCAUUAAGCUUGUGGAUGACCAGAUGAACUGGUGUGACAGUGCCAUGGAGUACCUGAGAGACCAGACGGACAUGUUGGUGGUGGGAGUUAUUGGCCUGCAGGGAGCUGGCAAAUCUACCGUCAUGUCACUAUUAUCUGCGAACACCCCGGACGAUGAUCAGAGGAGUUAUGUGUUUAGAGCUCAGAGUCAAGAAAUCAAAGAAAGAGGAGGAAACCAGAGCACAGGGAUUGAUUUCUUCAUCACACAGGAGAGGGUGAUCUUCUUGGACACACAGCCAAUACUCAGCCCUUCAAUUUUGGACCACCUAAUCAACAAUGAUCGAAAGUUACCUCCAGAGUACAACCUCCCUCACAUGUAUGUUGAAAUUCAGUCUCUUCAGAUUGCUGCCUUCCUUUUUACAGUGUGCCACGUGGUUAUAGUGGUUCAAGACUGGUUCACAGACAUAAACCUCUACAGGUUUCUUCAAACAGCUGAGAUGCUGAAACCUUCUACUCCAUCAGCAAGUCAUGACAGCACCGGGUCCUCAGGUGGCGAUGAUGGAGCUGAGUAUUAUCCACAUAUAGUGUUUUUGCAGAAUAAGACCAGACGGGAUGAUUUCAGUCCCAGGAAUGUGAAGAAUAUGCAUCUGGUGGUGGACAAAUUAAUGGCUCACUCUCAUCUCAAAUACAAAGGUACUUUGUCCAUGCUGGACUGCAAUAUCUUCCCUGGCUUGGGUCGAGACUAUGUGGGAACUGAAGUGAACUUGUUCCUUCUUCCCCUGCAGGAGAAUGAUGGGGAUGAUAGCCUCAUGAAAGCAGGGCCUGGAACGUACCCACUGUUCUCUUUGCUCCCGGGGUACAAAGGACACCCUUCCUUCUCCACCAUGGUUUCCAAACUCCGCAGCCAAAUACUUGCGAUGCCUCGCUGUCAACUGUCUCACACCAUCCUUACUGAAAAGAACUGGUUUCACUAUGCGGCUCGUAUCUGGGACGGAGUGAAAAAGUCUUCAGCCCUCUCUGAAUACAGCCGCUUGCUCUGCUGACAGCUUGCCCCGUCUGCUCAUGUGUGACAAAGUGACCGUUCAGCUCCAAUGACAAGUCACACAAACGGAAAUGCAGAUGUGAAAAUGGACAGAUUAAUCUUGACUCUGAAACAGGAGGCCGUGUCAGUGAUGAUGAACGAGCUGUGACCACACACUUUGGUUGAAGUGAAAGUCUGCAGACUCUUGCAGCUUUGUCAAAGGAUUUCAACGAGGCAUCCAUGCGCAGAAGGAAGUGGUAGUUCAACACAUAGGAUGGAGGUGUGAUGAUCUAAACCACUUCCUUGUGUGCAUACAGGCAUUUGUACCCAUAAUUCAUCAUGUAUGUAUGCACAGGACAGAAAAAGAACAAGGGCAAUGCUUCUGGGAUUGAAUCCAGAUAAUUGUAUAUCACUGUCAGUUUUCAAUGGUCACAGGUUACACCGCUGUGCAAUAUCACUUAAAUAUCUGAUUGUUCAAAACUUUGUUACCUCGCAGUAAUUGUUGUUGGUUAAUCAACAGACAAAAGUUGCCCGAUGCUCAGUCUCUCCAGUCACCUCCCUCGAAGCAUACAAUUCCUUCAAAGUUGUUACUGGGCUCUUGGUAGCUUCCCUCACUAAUCUGUUUUGUUUACUAUCACGUUUUGAAACCAAAUGACCAUACUCUUUAUUUUAUUUUUUUCCUGAUUUGAGGGUAAUGAACUGCAAGAGAUAUUCAGUGAUUUUGGAAAAGUGAUUUAGGUGUGUGUUUGUGGGGGUGGAGGCGGUUUAAGUGUUUGCAUACCUGUACUGACUUGUACUGAGUUUGUACUGUGAGGUCUGUAUUUUCACUGUCGUCUUUCUAAAGUGUUGACUGGUGGUUGUGACAUAAUGAAGUCAUAGGUGAUUAAAAUGUUGAAAGAUGUGAAAUUGCACAGUGAUGUACUCAAUUCUGCUGUACGUUUGUGUUGCUGUCUCUGUACCUUUGUAUCUGUUUCACUUUCACAAGCAGCCAGUUUUAAAUGUGGCAUGCUACAGACCAGUAAAUGAAACCUAAAGAGUUCUCAAAUCAUUUGAACUACUAUUUUGACUCCCU